AUGAUGUCAUCUCGCCGGGUACUCGCUGCCCUUUCCCUGGUCCUUUGGAUAGAGGAAGCAUGCUUCUUUGGAGUCAUUCGAUGUCCAGUUUGUAGCCAAGAAUGUGCAGAGCGACACAUCAUAGAUAAUUUUUUUGUGAAGGAUACUACUGAGGUUCCCAGUAGUACAGUAGAAAAAUCUAAUCAGGUGUGUACAAGCUGUGAGGACAAUGCAGAAGCUAAUGGGUUUUGUGUAGAGUGUGUUGAAUGGCUCUGUAAGACAUGCAUCAGAGCUCAUCAAAGGGUGAAGUUCACAAAAGACCAUACUGUGAGGCAGAAAGAGGAAGUAUCUCCAGAAGCAGUUGGUGUGACCAGUCAGCGACCAGUAUUUUGUCCCUUUCAUAAGAAGGAGCAGCUAAAGCUUUAUUGUGAAACAUGCGACAAACUGACAUGUCGGGAUUGCCAGUUAUUAGAACAUAAAGAGCAUAGAUAUCAAUUUAUAGAAGAAGCUUUUCAGAAUCAGAAAGUGAUUAUAGAUACACUAAUCACCAAAUUGAUGGAAAAAACAAAGUACAUCAAAUUCACAGGAAAUCAGAUCCAGAACAGGAUAAUUGAAGUAAAUCAAAAUCAAAAGCAAGUGGAACAAGAUAUUAAAGUUGCUAUUUUUACAUUGAUGGUAGAAAUAAAUAAAAAAGGAAAAGCUCUACUGCAUCAGCUUGAGAGCCUGGCGAAGGACCAUCGCAUAAAACUUAUGCAACAACAACAGGAAGUGGCUGGACUUUCUAAACAGUUGGAACAUGUCAUGCAUUUUUCUAAAUGGGCAGUUUCCAGUGGCAGCAGUACAGCACUACUUUAUAGCAAGCGACUGAUUACAUACCGGUUACGGCAUCUCCUUCGAGCAAGGUGUGAUGCUUCCCCAGUGACCAACAAUAUCAUCCAGUUUCACUGUGAUCCUGGUUUCUGGGCUCAAAAUAUUAUCAAUUUAGGUUCUUUAGUAAUUGAAGAUAAAGAGAGUCAACCACAAAUGCCUAAGCAGAAUCCUGUCAUGGAACAGAAUUCACAGCCACAAGGUGGUUUAUCUUCAAACCAGUUAUCCAAGUUUCCAACACAGAUCAGCCUAGCUCAGUUACGACUCCAGCAUAUGCAGCAACAGCAACCCCCUCCGCGUUUGAUAAAUUUUCAGAAUCACAGCCCCAAACCCAGUGGACCAGUUCUCCCUCCUCAUUCUCAACAGCUGAGAUAUCCACCAACCCAGAAUAUGCCACGGCAAGCAAUAAAGCCCAAUCCCUUACAGAUGGCUUUCUUGGCUCAACAAGCGAUAAAGCAGUGGCAGAUUUGCAGUGGACAGGCCCCCCCAUCAACUGCCAAUAGCACAUCCUCUACUCCUUCCAGUCCCACCAUUACUAGUGCAGCAGGAUAUGAUGGAAAGGCUUUUAGUUCACCUAUGAUUGAUUUGAGCUCACCAGUGGGAGGUUCCUAUAAUCUUCCUUCUCUGCCAGAUAUUGACUGUUCAAGUACUAUUAUGCUGGACAAUAUUGUGAGGAAGGAUACUAGUAUAGAUCAUGGCCAGCCAAGACCACCCUCAAACAGGACUGUCCAGUCACCAAAUUCAUCAGUGCCAUCUCCAGGUCUUGCAGGACCUGUUACUAUGACUAGUGUACACCCGCCAAUACGUUCACCUAGUGCCUCAAGUGUUGGGAGUCGAGGAAGCUCUGGCUCUUCUAGCAAACCAGCAGGAGCUGACUCUACACACAAAGUCCCAGUGGUCAUGUUGGAGCCAAUCCGAAUAAAACAAGAAAAUGGUGGACCACCGGAAAAUUAUGAUUUUCCCGUUGUGAUAGUGAAACAAGAAUCAGAUGAAGAAACUAGGCCUCAAAAUACUAACUAUCCAAGAAGCAUACUGACCUCCCUGCUCUUAAAUAGUAGUCAGACCUCUUCUUCUGAGGAGUCUGUGCUCAGAUCAGAUGCUCCUGAUAGCACAGGAGAUCAACCUGGACUUCACCAGGAAAAUUCCUCAAAUGGAAAGUCUGCGUGGCUGGAUGCCUCCCAAAAGUCACCUCUUCAUGUUGGAGAGACAAGGAAAGAAGAUGACCCCAAUGAGGACUGGUGUGCAGUUUGUCAGAAUGGAGGGGAACUCCUGUGCUGUGAGAAGUGUCCCAAAGUAUUUCAUCUUUCUUGUCAUGUGCCGACAUUGGCAAAUUUUCCAAGUGGAGAGUGGAUUUGCACUUUCUGCCGAGACUUAUCCAAACCAGAAGUUGAAUAUGAUUGUGAUGCUCCCAGUCACAACUCAGAAAAAAAGAAAACUGAAAGUCUUGGUAAAUUAACACCAAUAGAUAGAAGGAAGUGUGAACGCCUACUUUUAUUUCUAUAUUGCCAUGAAAUGAGCCUGGCCUUUCAAGAUCCAGUUCCUCUAACUGUGCCUGAUUAUUACAAAAUAAUUAAAAAUCCAAUGGACUUGUCAACUAUCAAGAAAAGACUACAAGAAGAGUAUUACAUGUAUACAAAGCCUGAGGAUUUUGUAGCUGACUUUAGAUUAAUCUUUCAAAACUGUGCUGAAUUCAAUGAGCCUGAUUCAGAAGUAGCCAGUGCUGGUAUAAAGCUUGAAAGCUAUUUUGAAGAACUUCUAAAGAACCUUUAUCCAGAAAAACGGUUUCCUAAACUUGAAUUCAGGAAUGAAUCAGAAGAUAAUAAAUUUAGUGAUGACUCAGAUGAUGACUUUGUACAGCCCCGGAAGAAACGCCUCAAAAGUGUAGAGGAUCGCCAGUUGCUUAAAUAAACAGCAGAAUUGGCAUGUGCUGGUUUUUCACUUUUUUUUUCAAAAAUUAAUUUGUAAAUAAUUUAACAUCAUUACAAAGAAGAGUUUGUGACAACGCUGACCUAUAAUUUUUUGAUGUUUACUAGAUUUUGAUUUUCUUAACCCAUUUUUUUAACCUUCUGAUUAAUAAAGUAAAAAAGGGAGGGAAGGAGAGAGAAAGAAGAAAGAAGCACCAAGAACAAAAUAAGACAUUGUUCCUACUUGCUGGAUUUCAAAACUGUAAUCUGGGAUGAUAACUACUAUAGAAAGGAAAUAGAAUUUGUAUGAAUUCUAAGUUGAAAUUUUAAUGUGGUCUGGAUGUGUGAAUUAAUCCAUUUUUAGAAAAUACCACUACUAAGUAAUUGUGGCCCAACCAUGAGUUAGGUGUACUGUCCUUAAGAAUAGCUGGGCCACAGUGAAUUAACAUGGAUGGUAAUAAGAGUUCUAUCGUAGGAUGCCUACUGGUGCAACAAAGAUUAGAUUAGACACUAUCAAGAAGGCACCUAAUAGUCAUGUAAGAUGGCAAUUGUAUUAAAGAAAAAAUGGGAAAACAAGUGUUUUUUUAUUUAUUUUUUCUUGUCUGUAGAGAUGUUUGGUAUAGCAGAUUUUCAAGGCCAUUUUCGUAUAUUUCUUAAUUGAACUUCUUCCACUGAGGAAGUAAGUGAACACAUUUGGUUUUACUGUAUGUCUAUGUGUGGUUUUGUUGCUUGUUUUAAUUGUGCAGGUGAUCCUUAUAUAAAGACUCAUUGUUUGCAGUAUGGUUUUUAGUGGAACACCUGAAAUAUGAAAUACAAUUGUGUGCAGUAUUUGAUGUGAGGAUUU